UUUUCUUCUAGAAACGUCAUUCUGAAAGAAGAAAAAAUCGAUUGUCAUUUUCAUAACCAUCUUCUCCGAAGUUUCCCGCUUCAAUCGUUUCCGUCUACAAGUACACCUUCCCCGUCCGUGUGUGUGUAUGAAGAGUCUAUAGAGCUUGAAACUUUAUUCAGAAACAGAGUACCCAUAUUUUCACCAACCCUAACCAAAAGGUCUAAAACUAUCAGAAACAGAAACACCGAGAGAUAUGGAUUGUUCAUUCAUAAGCAUAAACGAUCUCCAAAGAAUGUUCCACAAGCUCGACAAGAACCAAGACGGUCUCGUGACCCUCGACGAGCUUCAUUGGAUACUAGAGAGACUCGGUUGGUCCGAACACACUCCCGAAGAACUCGAACUGUUCGUUGGAAAACAGAGUCUCGACUUAGACGAGUUCCUUCGGUUCUACGACGACGCCGUUUCAGAUAGGAAGGAAACAAAGAACGAUAGUGUUGUUGAUAAUGAUGAUGCGAUUGUGGGGGCGUUUAAUGUGUUUGACGUGAACGGAGAUGGUUAUAUUUCGUCGGAGGAGCUUCGAACGGUGUUGGAACGGAUCGGAUUCGAGGAGGAGACAAAGAGUUGGGAUUGUGGGAGGAUGAUUCGAGCCCAUGACAAGAAUCUUGAUGGUGUUAUUGAUUUUGAAGAGUUCAAGAACAUGAUGUUGCAUGUCCAGUGAUGCUUGCAUAUGUGUAUAUUGUCCGGUGACAUGUUUUAUGUGCUAUGUGUAAACUCCUUAAAGUAAGUAUAUAUGCUUAUGUGUUAUGUGUUAGUGUGAAAACAUAUACAUCUCUGUUACUUUUUUGCAUAAUCAUAUGUUAAGUAUAGCCUGCAUGGUUGUGAUUAA